GCUCCGCGCAUGCUCGGCUCGCGGGCCCUCCGCCGCGUCCGGGCUCGGGAGGCGUCGGAAGCACCGGGAGCCGCCGCAUGGCGCAGGCGGGGAGCGCAGGCCCGGGGAGCCGGGGGCUGCGGGGCGCGGGCGCGGCCCCCGAGCGCGCGCCUUGGAGCUGGACGCUGGCGCUGCUCUGGCUGGCGGCGGCCGCCGGCACCCCCUCCCGGCGCCAGUGGCCAGUGCCCUACAGACGCUUUUCCUUCCGUCCGGAGCCGGAUCCUUACUGUCAAGCUAAAUAUACUUUCUGUCCAGCUAGCUCCCCUAUGCCAGUUAUGAAGGGCGAUGACGUCAUUGAAGUCUUUCGGUUACAAGCCCCGGUAUGGGAGUUCAAAUACGGGGACCUCCUGGGACACUUGAAAAUUAUGCAUGAUGCCAUUGGAUUCCGGAGUACCUUAACAGGCAAGAAUUACACGAUGGAAUGGUAUGAACUUUUCCAACUUGGAAACUGCACAUUUCCCCAUCUCCGACCUGAAAUGAAUGCUCCUUUCUGGUGUAAUCAAGGUGCUGCCUGCUUUUUUGAAGGAAUUGAUGAUAUUCACUGGAAGGAAAAUGGGACGUUAGUUCUAGUAGCGACCAUAUCAGCCUUUCGUGAGUUUUGUAAUAACCACCUAGACUGUGAGCUGACAGCAGAGUGCUUCUGCAGUUCUUCAAAUACGUGGGGCCUGGAAGUAUCUGAACGCAGACACGUCUGGGUGGACAUGCACCCUCUGACUCUCUCACUGCUUCGUGUAGUCCUCGCUCUGCCCACCAAAGCUGCCGGCUCAGUGGAAGAGGGUCCACUUCCCAGAGACAGGACAGGUAUUGUCAAGGAUCUCCAAGUAGCUGUGUUUCCAUCAGGACCAUCAAACAAAAUUUCAAGGUCCUCUAAGUGUUUGAUGAUCAGCUGAACACAUUCUUUCUAUUCAUGGAAAAAACACCAGUCAGUAAGAUGAUGAAACAGAAAUCAGAGAAAACGAUCCCUGUUUACUAUGUAAAGGUACCAAUUAUAUUAUUCAGUUUCUGCUUACAUUUGAGUGCUUCCUGAGAGUUUAGCACAUUAUCACAGAGUUCUCAUAAAAAGCCUAAGCAUAGAUAUUGUUUACCUGAUCCAAAUGAGUAAACUGGGGCUUAGAAACGUUGAGUGACCUUUCCACAGCUACCCAGCUGGUGGUUAUGGAGCCACAUUUUGAACCAGGCUCUGCUGACUGAAUGGGAUGCACUAUCAAGCCAGUUUUUCAGGACUACUCAAAGUGUGGUCCUCAAACCAGUGCCUGCACUGUAUGUCACUAACACCGUGUGGUACUGGUCUGUGAGGAGGUAAGUACAGAUGCUGAUAGGAAGCAUUUAGAAACUUGUAAAGCAACUUGUUGGAGUAAUUUUGUUUCUGUAGAACCUAAUUAAAAAAUUGGGAUUUAUAUUUUCUUUGUUUCUAUUUGUCUAGGAAUUCGUUUUUACUCUUUUUCAAAACUAUAGGCACUACAACAGUCUGAAAAUAAAAACCCAGCCCUUUACCACCAAUAGCUUGAGAAGUACUGCACUAUUCUGCUUAUUGCACAGAAGUAAAGUCUUACUCAAAUACCUAGGGAGAACUUUCUUUCACUGCCCAUCAUUUAGUCUGUCUGCUCAUGUUAAUAGUGCCUAAACAUUCCGAAUUAAUUUUGCCUCUUUAACCUACUAGUUGUCUUCAGGGUAUGUCACCAGAAAACUUGGAUCUUUGCAUUAUCACCAUCUAGUGGCUAAAAUUGGGCAAUACCAACUUCUACUAGAUUCUUAGGAAAAUUGCUCUGGGAAAACUGUAUUUUGGAUUUCCAGAACUGCACUGGGGUAACAGGCAAAAACUCUUGUGCCAAGUUUGUGUUAACUGUAAAUCACAGAACUUGGUUCCAUAGGCAGAGACAAAUGAGGACCUGUGUGCAUGAAUUUUAAAGCAAGAUUCUAAUAGUUACAUUAAAAAAGCAUUCAAGAUUUUUCAUUGUUCCUAAGAAUAUUAAUAAAUGAAGAAAUUCUGUGAAAGUAUCAUAGACUCAGAUGACUAUAGCACCAGAGCACAGCAUUCAUAUAAGUAAGUACUUCUUAAGAAUUUAUCAGACCUGUCAACUGUACUUAGAUGACGACGUAGGGCUUUGGAGUAGAAAUGAUUCAGGAACAUGCUUUCAAAAUGGUAGUUGGGAAACCAAAUCAUGGCCAGGCAGGAAUUUGCCAAUUAAAUUUUGCUGCCAUUAACUACUGUAUAACUUAAAUAUGAUUUGUUUUUCUGUCAAUUUAAGUUGUAAAUGUAUAAAAUUUCCUAAGAAAAAC